UCGACUCACGUUGCUUUGGAGCGAACUAAAUCAGUGGUCCGGCGGACCACCAAAUCAGGCGUUCUUUUUCCAGACCGGAGGGCGAUGAAAAACCAGCGCAAUCAGCACAUCGAGCUAAAACCUUGAAGCGCUCUCUGCUUCCGAUUUCUGCAAGAGAAGGAAAAGGUUGUAAGUGGGCUUUUAGCUAAAUGGAGUCAUUGGACAGCAGUGCCAUAACUCAUGGCCAAAUGAUAAAAGCUAAAGCUGAGAAUGUCGCAGAACAGAAAACAAAUGUAUAUAUUUGGGACAUGGAUGAGACACUAAUACUGCUUAAGUCUUUGUUGAAUGGGACAUACGCAGCAUCUUUCAAUGGUUCAAAAGAUGUUCAAAAGGGAAUAGAAAUUGGGAAAAGGUGGGAGAAUCACAUUCUUCAAGUAUGCGACGAAUUUUUCUUUUACGAGCAAAUUGAGAAUUAUAAUCAGCCAUUUCUUGAUGUUUUGAGGGAGUACGAUGAUGGAAAAGAUCUAUCGGAUUAUGAUUUCAGCAAAGAUGGAUUUUGUCCUCCUUAUGAUGAUCCCAACAAAAGGAAACUAGCAUACCGGCACCGUGUGAUAGCACAGAAGUAUGCACAGGGUUUGCAUAGCAUGCUCAAUCAAGAGAUGAUUAAGCUCUGGGACAAUCUCUAUGAAUCGACAGAUGCUUAUACUGAUAAAUGGCUUUCCUCAGCGCGGAACUUCUUAGAGAUGUUAUCUCGUGGAAACAGGAUCUUGACUCCUUGUCUCGUCUCUCCAGAGAGUGCCACCGACUCUGCUGAUGUGAAACAUCAAAACCUUAAUGUUUUGGUGACUUCUGGAUCUUUGAUACCUAGCCUUGUCAAGUGCUUGCUCUUUCGGCUGGAUGACCUAAUAACACAUGGAAAUGUCUACAGCUCAUGGGAAGUGGGGAAACUCCAAUGCUUUUCUUGGAUUAAGGAGCGUUUCAGCAGCCCAGGCGUUCAAUUUUGCGUGAUAGGAGAUGGGAUGGAAGAAUGUGAGGCUGCCCAAAUGAUGAAAUGGCCAUUUAUCAGAAUCGAUCCACGGCCUGACGGUUCUCACAGGUUUCCAGGUCUUUCCAUGAAAAUGGUCAGCCACUAUCUUGAUGUCAUAUACAGCACACCUGACAAUGAGAAUGACAACAAACGGUGAGCCGUACAACAUCAGCUGAAAUACACUCCCCUUUUAUUUUGUAAAUCUACUCCCCCCCAUCUCUCUCUCUCUCUCUCUCUCUCUCUCUCUCUCUCUCUCUCUCUCUCUCUCUCUCUGCAUUGUUUCUAAGUUAUAUCUGAAUUCUAAGAGAAAACAAGAAUGGAAGAAAAUGCAUUAUGGAGAGAGGAGAAAGAUUCAUGGCUCUUGUGGCCAUUCAUAAGCUGGUGGGAUUACUGGUGUGGAUCCAACACUAGCAAUCAUCAUCUUCGUCAUCAUAAGCUUGUCCUAGCUAUGUGGGGCCAGGUCUACGCAUCCAAAGUCUAAAGGGUAUAAAUGGAAAUUGAAAAUGAUUUGCUAUUUUUAUUAGUCUUA